AAUAAGCAUGUAAAAGACAUGAACAUCACCUGCCAUAAUCCUAUAAGCUGCAAUGUAGCGAGGCAUUUGCGGGAUGUUACAUAGCUGAUAGUCGGCGGUAUUCGGAGAGAUGUAUGCUUUCAGCCCACAUUGCACUGGAAAAUGUCUGCGUCUCUGGAAGUACAAAAUCCGUACGUUGUACACACAUUCGUCUGCUCAGAAAUGGUUCGGAGCAAUUCUCUGCGGGAGCCACGGCGUAAUGCAAAACGUCCAACCUACACAUCUGAAUCAGGCUGUGCCCUUCAGUACUAAGAAGGAAAGAAUUGAUAUGUCCGAAUAUAGCAUUGAAUAUAUUAGGAAUUUUAGCAUAAUAGCCCACGUGGACCAUGGUAAAAGUACACUUGCGGACAGACUACUUGAAAUAACGGGGUGUAUUCCAACAGCCUCCUCCAAUAAGCAGGUUCUUGAUAAGCUCCAGGUGGAAAGAGAAAGAGGCAUUACAGUGAAGGCUCAGACUGCAUCCCUUUUUUACACUUUUGAAGGAAAAAAAUACCUCUUGAACCUUAUCGACACACCGGGCCAUGUCGAUUUUAGCUAUGAAGUAUCUAGGUCUUUGUCCGCUUGUCAAGGUGUCUUACUUGUGGUUGACGCAAAUGAGGGCAUUCAAGCACAGACUGUGGCAAACUUCUUUCUCGCUUUUGAAGCACAGCUUUCAAUUAUCCCCGUCAUAAACAAGAUUGACUUAAAAAACGCAAAUCCAGAGAGAGUGGAGAGACAAAUUGAAAAAAUGUUUGACAUUCCACCAAGUGAUUGUAUCAGGAUCUCUGCAAAGUACGGAACAAACGUGGAGCAAGUUCUUAAAGAAGUUAUUAAAAGACUCCCACCGCCAAGAAUUGAGCAGAACAGCCCUCUUAAAGCCCUGCUCUUUGACUCCACCUUUGAUCAUUAUAGAGGAGUGGUAGCCAAUGUUGCCCUCUUUGGUGGGGAGGUGAGCAAAGGCCACAAAAUUGUGGCUGCUCACUCCGGGAAGAACUAUGAAGUCAGUGAGGUUGGCAUACUGACUCCUGAGGAACUGCCAGCUGAUAAAUUGUACGCUGGUCAGGUGGGGUAUCUAGUAGCUGGAAUGAAAGAAGUACAAGAAGCACAAAUAGGAGACACACUGUAUUCAUACAAGCAGCCAGUGGCGCCACUGCCAGGGUUUAAAGCCGCAAAGCCAAUGGUGUUUGCAGGUAUGUUUCCGGUGGACCAAUCAGAAUAUAACAAUUUGAAAAGCGCUUUGGAGAAGCUGACGCUGAAUGAUUCCAGCGUGUCUGUUACCCGGGACAGCAGUGCAGCACUUGGAGCAGGAUGGAGGUUAGGUUUUCUUGGGCUUCUACAUAUGGAGGUUUUUAACCAACGUCUGGAGCAGGAAUACAAUGCUUCCGUGAUAAUGACCUCACCAACAGUCCCAUACAAAGCAGUGCUUUCCUCACCAAAACUUAUCAAGGAAUAUGGAGCACAAGAAAUUACAAUUGUAAAUCCCUGUGAGUUUCCUGAUAAGACUGUAGUGUCAGAAUACCUUGAACCUAUGAUACUGGGCACAGUCAUCACUCCAGACGAGUUCCUCUCAAAGAUAAUGUCACUUUGCCAGUCCCGGCGUGCUGAACACAAAAGUUUUGUCUAUAUUGACGAGCACAGGAUCAUGCUGAAAUUUCUGUUUCCUUUAAAUGAAGUGGUGGUGGAUUUUUAUGAUAACCUAAAGUCUCUGUCAUCUGGAUAUGCAAGUUUUGAUUAUGAGGAUGCAGGUUACCAAGCAGCUGACCUGAUAAGAAUGGAUAUUUUAUUGAAUGGGCGCUCUGUGGAAGAACUAGUGACUAUAGUACAUAGGGAAAAAGCCUAUUCAGUCGGUAAAUCAAUCUGUGAAAGGUUACAAGAUGCUAUUCCAAGACAACUGUUUGAAAUCGCUGUACAAGCAGCUAUUGGAAGUAAGGUCAUCGCAAGAGAAACAAUUAAAGCAUACAGAAAGAACGUUUUGGCAAAAUGUUAUGGAGGUGAUAUCACCAGAAAGAUGAAGCUUCUGAAGAAGCAAGCUGAAGGAAAGAAGAAACUGAGGAAAAUUGGCAAUGUGGAAGUUCCAAAAGAUGCAUUUAUCAGUGUGUUAAAAAGAAAGACGGACAAAUGACACCAUGAACUGUCUAUAUGCCCCCCCCACAUAUUCUACAAUGAACACGAUGCAUCAGACCAUGCUUCCUCCACAGUUUAUCUUCUGUAUGACUCAUGUUUAAAAUGAAAGUAUAGGAGGAAAAUGGCCUAUUAUUAGAAAAUCUAGGGCCCAUUCAGACUAAUGUGGCCUCUUCC